AGUGUGCUUGUGUGUGGUUUGUUUUUUAUUAUUAUUAUUUUUAUUUAUUUUACCUGCAUAUAAAUUUGUUUGACUUAAUCCCUGAUGAGUACCAACCGCAGGUCUGCUUUGUUGAUUUAAGGAAAUUGGAUGGGUGGAAAAAAAAACUGUUAAAUCCCUUCGGAAUUUUUUGUAUUAUUCUGUUUUGCAUAUGUGACCAAAUAUGACAAAUUGGCUUCUUUGAAUAACUGAAAACUCUUUCAUGUCCUUUGAUGUGACUCGCGCAUGCGCAGAACUUGCCUUAAAUAGAGGCGAAGACGCGAGGAGGGACCACUCACAUCCAGCCGUUACCUAGCGACAAGCGACAAGGAUUUGCCGGCGAGUAGACACUCCAACGUUGGACUCAUGGACGCUGUAAUCCCUCCAAAUUCAGUCAUGGAAGGACGACCUUUGCAGCUGGACGUGGCCGCAUACGAUAACGCCGAAAUACCGGAGCAUCAUUCUGAAAACGGCGACAUGGAAGAAGGCUCCCCGCCGGUGCCGGUCUUUCAACUCCCCGGUAUCCCAGACGUCCUAGACACCGACACAAGGCGGCUCAUCGGCCGGUUCCUCAGUGACUUUACUGGGCUGUCCACACCUGCUUGGAACCAAAGCAAAGUCCAGUGUACGAUGAAAAAGGUCGUGACGGGAGUGGUGGACAAGUACAGGAUUCAAUACAAUGUCAUCAUCAACAUGCUGUCAUUGGAUCAAAGAGGGCGCGACAUGUCCUUCAUCGGCGAGGUGGCCAGGAAUCAAUUCGCUGACGGGAUAACCAACUGGGGUCGCAUCGCCAGCCUGUUGGCUUUCUGCACUCUGGUAUCUGAAGCCCUCAAGGCGAGGCAGCAGGAGUGCUGCGUGGAUCUGGUGGCCCAGGAGGUCUCAAACUUUCUGCUGUCACACCAGCGCACCUGGCUUGUGCAGCACAACGCAUGGGAUGGAUUUGUAGAAUUCUUCAAGGAAGAAGACCUAGAAUCGACGAUGAAGAAAUGCAUCUUAGCCUUUGUUGCUGUGGCCGGCGUCACUGCAGGAAUAAUCCAUCUGCUGCGAUGAACAUCGUGGACACAUUGUGUUUUAUUG